AUGGCAAGUUUAAAGUUGUUGGUUUCUCUUCUAAUAAUCUGCAAUAUCAUCUACCUCCUUCUCCCAUCAACGACCAUCGCCUGUGAUCACUCAAGAACUCUGGUUUGCAAUGGUUUGUCGUACCCACAAUUAACAUGCUCUCCACCGGUGGCAUCCUAUAUAAGUGCCAAUCUCACACUCAAUGAUUUCAGCCAAGGCGUUGAAGGUGGGGACCGGUUGGAGUGCGACAACCAAUUUCACGACAACAAUGAGCUGGUUGUCGCACUGUCCACGGGGUGGUACGAUAGCGGAUCAAGGUGUGGAAGGAUGAUAGUAAUUUCGGCGAGUAAUGCUACUAUUGGGAGGAGUGUGGCUGCUAAAGUGGUGGACGAGUGUGAUUCGGUGAAAGGAUGUGAUUCGGAGCAUGCAGGUCUCCCUCCAUGUGGGAACAACGUUGUUGAUGGCUUUGCAGGUGUGUGGAACGCUUUGGGGCUAAACAAAGAUCUAGGGGUUGUUAACAUUAGUUGGAUCAUGGCCGAAUAA